UCAACUUUCUCUCUCUCUCUCAAGGAUUGAAAAUGGGUUCAAGUAGCAGUCGCAUGGGAACCUCGCGCUCAUCUGGGUCUUCCUCCAGACUCGGUCGCACCAAACAUAGACUCUCUUCGCUUUUCUGUGGUGGCUCUACCUCUCAAUCACCGUCUGAGUUUGAAGAGUAUCCACAAAAGUCACCGAUAAGUUCUCUAGAAAAUUUACCUCCUGUUAGUGAUGAAUCUUGGAGCUCCAUUGCAGAAACUUCAAUAUUUGGUUCGGAAACUGGAGUGACCAGUUCCAAAACUGAGAGUGGGGACUCAUCUGAAAUCAGUGAUGGAACCAUUGAGCAUGCUUCAGUUGAAUAUGGUUUGAGAAAUGCUGAAUCAAAUAGCCACGAGACUUGCCUUUCCAACAGUAAGGAAUCAGUUUCUUGUCAGGUAAGUUCUGAUUGUCUUUCCAAGGAUGCAUAUUUGGAUAAGGGUAGUAAUACAGCUAGUACUUCCUAUAAAGAACAGCCAUAUCAAGAUUCGGUGUCAGCAAACACAAGGAUUAGCUUGGUUGCAGGUGUCGGGGCUUAUGAUUCAGUGUUCGAAGGUGCGUCGAUAAAUUGUUUGGAGGAUACAAAUACAAGCAGUGCUGCACGUGGGGGUGCAGAUUUAUGUGCAGAAGGUGAUUUUGCCGAAAAUUCUGUGGCUACAGUCAUAGCCUCUAGCAGUUCUAAUUCUGGGUCUCAUUGCAUUGAUCCUCACCCUGUAGUAAGUCUUCAGUUGGCUGGAGAUGACACUACUCGAUUGGCAUCACCUUCUGGUUCAGAACACCUUGUGUCUGAUACUGAGCAGGAUCUCAGAACUGGAGACCUACAUCAUGUUGAUGUGGUGAGUAUCUCUUCCAACCUGUUAUCUAGUAGCAUCAAUGAAAUAAGUAACCGCGAAGCGAGAAGGAAUAGUAGAAGACUCUUUUGGGAUGCUUUAUCAAGGCGCAGUUUUAGAAGAUAUAGUGAUUCACCAACAAUCGUUUUCACAACUGAUCAUGCUGAUGAUCUAGGAUCUCAUGACAGAUGGUUUCUAGAUUUGAGUGGUGAUCUCCACUAUGAUGGAAUUGGUCGUGAUUCUGUUUACCCGGGCUUUAGAAGCGAUCGCAGAAAUGAACGGCGCAGGCAAUUAAGAUCCCAGAUCUCAGAAAGAGUUCUUGGUGGCCUUGGUGAGGAAGCUCGGCAGACGGCAUUUUGUUCAUCUGGGCUCCAUCCUGAGGGUACAUGCUCAUGUGAUUCGUUUGAUAUGGCUGCAGAGUCCAGCGCCCUUGCAAGUAUUUCAAGGAUAGUCAUGCUUGCUGAGGCUUUAUUCGAGGUUUUGGAUGAGAUUCAUCGCCAGCCUCUUUCACUAUCCAUGCUCAAUCUCCCGGCUCCAGAGUCUGUUGUAAACUCAUUUCCUCUUAAGAAUCACAAAAAGUUAGAUGCAGCUGAAAGUGGACCAAAUGAUGUGCCACAGUGUUACAUUUGCUUGGCUGAGUACGAGGAAGGGGAUAAAUUAAGAGUUCUCCCUUGCCAUCAUGAGUAUCAUAUGUCAUGCGUUGAUAAAUGGCUCAAAGAAAUAAACGGGGUAUGCCCCCUCUGCAGAAGCAAUGUUUGUGAGGGUGCUUCCCAGAAUUCUAUCCCAAACACGGAAACCCCAUCCCAAUGA